AUGUCUCACGAAGGGGGCGACCUGAACCAGAUGGCAAAGGAUGGCACCACCAGUGUGUUUCCACUCCCAAUCUACGACUGUACUGGACUAAUAGGAGCCAUUACAGUCCCGGGUGAUGCGGGGAAGAUGAACACCAUCCCCUCUGUCGCUGGACCGCACCAGACGCAAAAGACUGCAGGUGGUCUCGGGGCAAUGGUCAUGAGCGAGGCAGCGGACAACCCGGUGAGCGACGAGAAGACCGCGAAUCUGGGAUCGGGUGUUGGAGAGGGUAUUACUGGCACUGGAGAUUCUCUCCCGGCAUCGACCACGUCCAAGCACAGUGGCCAUGGAGGAAAGCGAUAG